GUCAUCAGUAAGAAGCCGGAAGUGGUGCGGGCAGGCGCACGUGAGCAGAGAUGGAGGAAAUCUAUAAAACAUUACCCUCCCAGGAGGCAACAGAACUGGGCUUGGAGGUUCCAUCAUCGCAGAAAGCAAAAGCCUUCGUCAAUGCCUUUGUAAAGCGGUCUAUGCCAAACCUGAGAAAGACGACCGCGGAGGAGUUCCUGCAGAGGAAAGCCGUGGUCCUGGAGCACGUCUACAAGAAGAAGAAGCGGAAACGCAACAAGUCCAAAGGACUGACGGCCAAAGAGCGCAGAGAAAUGAGGCUGUUCGAGAUCAAACCAGAUCAGCAGAGAUACGACAUGUUUCUUCCUCUUCAUGAUCUUUGGAAACAGUAUAUCCGAGAUUUGUGUAAUGGGUUGAGACCAGACGCGCAACCACAGAUGAUCCAGAACAAGCUUUUGAAGGCGGAUCUGCAUGGGGCGCUGGUUAUGGUAUCCAAAUCAAAGUGUCCGUCCUAUGUCGGCCUCACAGGCAUCAUUUUACAGGAGACAAAAUAUGUGUUCAAAAUAAUCACAAAAGAAGAUGAACUAAAAGUUUAACUCCGGUCUCCUUCCCUGUAAUUUACACACACUGUCAAAGAAAUUGACGGAUUUAUCACGUACAUCUACGGGAGCAAGCUGCAGAUGAGAGCCAGCGAGAGGUCGGCCAAAAAAUUUAAAGUGAAAGGAAGCGUAGACCUGUAACCAGGUUAUGGAGCCGAGAUCACAUUCUGAUAUGUUCCGGACUUUAUUUCAUUUGUUUUAUGGAGAAACGUGGAAGGCUUGGAUGGAAAGCAGCAAGUCGCGGGAAGGUAAUGUGGUAUAUUGCGGCGGCUAGAACAGCUUCAAGUGAUGCUGGGAUUGAGUGAUGAUGAAACUGUCUUCUAACUAAUAACGCUCCCCUCCCCCCCCUCCCCAAAAAA